UAUCCAAUCAGAGAGGAGUUUGUUACAAGUUGACGCGCAUGCUUUGUAGAAAAAUAAUUCAUGCGUUCUAACGUUGGCUCUGUUGGAGGUCAUAGACAGAACUGACAAAACAGUAGGGCCGCAAGACAUGGCGAAACUAUUUGAAUCCAUCGGGAAGUUGGGGCUGGCCCUCGCCGUUGGUGGAGGUGUUGUGAACUCCGCCCUCUUCAAUGUUGACGCAGGUCAUCGGGCAGUUAUAUUUGACAGGUUCCGGGGAGUGCAAGACGCCGUAGUUGGCGAGGGAACCCACUUCCUCAUUCCCUGGGUACAGAAGCCUAUCAUCUUUGACUGUCGUUCUCGUCCACGCAACGUGCCUGUCAUCACAGGCAGCAAAGAUCUGCAGAAUGUAAACAUCACACUGCGCAUCCUCUUCCGGCCAGUGACUAGCCAGCUCCCACGCAUCUUCACCAGCAUCGGAGAGGACUACGACGAGAGGGUACUGCCGUCCAUCACCACAGAGGUCCUCAAGUCCGUGGUGGCCCGGUUUGAUGCCGGUGAGCUCAUCACCCAGAGAGAGCUGGUGUCUCGGCAGGUCAGUGACGACCUGACAGAAAGAGCCAACACCUUCGGCCUCAUCUUGGAUGACGUCUCACUGACACACUUGACGUUCGGUAAGGAGUUCACAGAGGCUGUUGAGAUGAAGCAGGUGGCUCAGCAGGAGGCCGAGAGGGCCAGGUUUGUCGUGGAGAAGGCCGAGCAACAGAAACAGGCAGCCAUCAUCUCAGCGGAGGGUGACUCUCAGGCCGCCCUGCUCAUUGCUAACUCCCUGCAGGAGGCUGGAGACGGACUGGUAGAGCUGCGUAAGCUGGAGGCUGCAGAGGACAUCGCCUUCCAGCUGUCCCGCUCCCGCAACAUCACCUACCUGCCUGCCGGCCAGGGCACACUCCUCCAGCUGCCCCAGUGAGACUCACACACCCUGACCUAACCACCCCUCCCUGUGACCAGCCAAUGCAUGGGCCAUGGAGGGGGUGAGGGAACGGGUGUCCACCUGCACACACUCUCCUCCGACUAACUAUGGACUAGUGAAAUAAUGGCGGCUUGGGAGUGUGGAAAGGUCCAUGAUAAGGUUCUGAAGUCUGGGCAGUGUGUGGGAAAGAGGGAGCCUUAGGAUUGAUCUAUGGUAAACUACAUAUUGUAAGUCAAUUUACUGCAUCACUGAUUUUGUAUUUACCUUUGCUUUGUCUGGCAAAUUCAGCGCAGUGACAGUCCUGUAAUAUGAAGAAGUUGUAAUUGUGUUAAUUUAGGAGAAGAGCUGUUUGGAAUGUCAUGAAGGAUGGAACAUUUUAGCACUAUUAUAACCACUACGGCAAUCGCAAUACUGGGGAUUUAUUGCUCUGAGAGGACAAGCUAUCAAAUCAACUGGAUUUACAUUGAUCUUAGCCAAGCACAAACUUCCAUGGGUGAAUAAGAUGCUGCUAUACACCAAAGUACCAAUUUGUAAGUCGCUCUGGAUAAGAGCGUCUGCUAAAUGACUUAAAUGUAAUGUAAAUGUAGUGUAGGAUCCAAAGCACCCUUGUAAUUUUAAAGUUAUGAGUGGAAAAACAUCGUACAAAUUAUCUGAACUGAUCUACCCAGAGCCGUAUAUUCUAAAUAUGAGUCUGACUCUACCCAUCCCUUUGACUCAGUCUAUUGUGUCGAUGGCCUGUCAAAUGUCCUCUCACAGCUAGCUUUCAUAAAAUCCUCCCAGUUUGAUUGCAAUGGAGUCCCAGUGCUGCACUCCCCUCUACUUGAUUGGAUCCUCUACAGAAUCCUCUUUGGUUUACUAGCACGCUGUCCACACCACCUCAUCCAUGGUCCUCAGUGACAUGUCCCUCCUAGCCCAGUGGUAUGAAAUGUGCCUGUAAGAUGGUCAAGUGUCGCAACCUUCCCUGAUUCUUUAAAGUUUGUCGCUGUGUCUUAUUUUGGAGGGAGGAUAUGCAGCCCCCGCAUUCCACUCAAUAUGUCUCAACUUAACAAUAAAAUUGUCCUAUUUCUACAGCA